AUGCAGCAAGAACAAGAUAUAGAGGUUAUGAGUAAGAUUCAUAUAGAUUACACUUAUUAUAGACACAGUGCCCCAAAAGGAGUUAUUUAUUAUCGCUGCUCUGAUAGGCAUUGCCCUGCCCGAUUACACUAUGACACCGCAGCAAAAGAAAUCAGCCUGAAGAACAACCAUCUAAACCCUGCCAUUCACAGGCCUUCCAACUCAAAGCGAGCAAUUACUACUCAGCAGCUCCUUAAAAUGCCUGAUCACAAGAUGAGAGCCCCUGUUGUUGUAACUCAAGCAAUACCAUCUCAAAAGGUGAAGCAUGAAGAAGAGCUCAAUCUGCCUAAGAAGCGAGAAAGGCUUUCAACAAUGAUUAAUUCGAUGCCCCAAGAAAUAUACAUGGUUAGAUUCUAUGUGGAUAAUUUGGAAAUUGGGAAUCUCUUCGCAAGAGAAAUAAUAGAUAACUGCAUUGGACACAAAGUCUGCUGCUUCACAAAUGGGUAUCAGCUUAAUUUUGCAAAUGUGCAAGAGUUAAAAGUUACUGUUGAAGUAGAAUGCCCACAGGAUCAAACUUCCAGGGUCAUUUUGUUCAUGAACCAGAUUUUUGGUUAUGAUAUUGACCAUGAUAUCUUCAAGAAGCUUUAA